AUGAGUUGCUUUCAAUUGCCAAUCAAACUUUGUACUCAAAUUGAGCAACUUAUGGCAAGGUUUUGGUGGGGUUCGUCUGCAAAUUGUAAUUCUAUUAAUUGGAAAAAUUGGAAAUUUCUCUACAAAGCUAAGAUUCAUGGUGGUAUGGGUUUUCGUAACUUUGUUCAUUUUAACCAAGCUCUUUUGGCCAAACAAGCUUGGAGAAUCCUAGAAUGUCCAUCCUCACUUCUUGCUAGAGUUCUGAAGAGCAGGUAUUUUUUGAAUGGCAAUUUCAUUGAUGCUACUGUUGGAGUGGUUAUAAAUUGGCCUCAUAAGAACCUGAUUCCCCUCUCCCAAGCAGCUCUCAUACAUCAGAAACAUGGUGGCAGUCCUUCUGGGCUUUAA